UCUUGACUACUUUGUUUCUUGUGCUGCCACCACCAAAUUUCCUGAGAGGAAAGUGGAUGUCUGCGCUUUCCCCAUAUUCCACCGGCAUUCCUUUGGUCUCCAGAGUGCCAGUCUUGGAGAGUUGCACAGGGUGGUUGUUCUCUGCCUCGGUCACACAGCACUUCCUCUAAAAAGAAUGGAAAGGUUGAGAGACUUGGCCAUCUCAGGAGAAUCCUUUAAAUGUACUUUUCCAAUCCUGCAAAGCAGAUUCCUGCUGAAAGAGAUCUGAAAUAGGUCUGGCCUUGUUUUGAAGGACAGGAGACACGUUUUCCCUUCAAACUUGAUGUUAUAGUAUCUUUGUGACUUUGUGAAUUUUAAAAGUUGUUGGAAUUUCAAGUAUGAUUUUCCCAUCCCAUCCCCCACCCAGGUCAUAGAUAUGUUCUGAGUUGACAGAUUUCCAGUUGACUUGAUCAAGAACCCACUUUUUCACAAUAAUAAUUUUGAUAGGUUAAGCAUGUUUCUCCAUCCUGUCCAGCUCUGAUGAUGGCACCCCCUACUUGCUACUUUGCAUUUCUUGAAAUGUAAUCUAACUACUGGCAUCUAAGGUGCCCUGGUUCUGUAGGCAGCUGCUUUUUGGCAGGCUAUACACAUGAAUUGGUUUGACGAAUUAAAUUAAAUCCCCUCCCCAACACUUUAAUGCUUCUGUCAAACUAGUGCUCAUUUCAUUAUUUAUUUAUAUAAUGCCAGAGUUGGUCAUUGGUUUGACUUAAAAUUACCACUACUUUGUUCUCGUGAGAUGUUUUCCUCUCCCAUGGAACCAGCUUGAAUAACUUCAACUUUUGAGAUAGUUUUGGAAGACAAGAAAUUGUGCCUUAGAUUUGGCAACUGAAAACUCCGUUCAACUGCUGCUGUGUUAGAAAAGAGCCCAGAAGAUCUUACCUACUGCUUUGCUUGGCAAAUCUUAUUUUGGAAAACUCUCCCUCCUGCACCCCCUGCCCCUGUUUCACUUUGUUUUCUCCUAGAAUCACUGUGACAGAUCUAAUGCUUACCUGAAAGAUUAGGAUUAUGUCUUCGCACAGAUUUUGCAAGGGAGAAGGUGUUCUAUUUAUUUCCUUUCAGCAAACUAAUAAUUUAUUAACCACCACAUAGGUGUGUAUAUUAAAGAUGUAUUGCAAGGAAAAAUGUAUCCUCUUCAAAAUCAUAUCUUCACAUACUAUUCAGAAGGCCUUUGGCAUUAGUACAGAAUUUAACUUAAAGACUCUUAAUUUGGAAUUCACUGAAUGCAUCCAGAGUAUUAAUGAAUGAAAUAAAAUGAGGGGAAACCCACCUUUUUUUUGUUCUAAAAACAAUAUUUAAGGUCAGAACUGUCUAAAAGAAAAGCACUGCUAAAAAGUUAUAGGAUUCAGAGAAACAUAGUAUUUUUGUACAGUAUCUUCUAAAAUGUUCAGCUCUCUCUACAUCUCUUUACAAUGUAAUGUCUCUAAAAGUGACUGGUUUCCCAAUAAACUGAUUUUGAUGCUGCCUCUGUUGUGUGCUGCGUGCUUAAUUCAAACGUAAAAUGUUAGCAGGGGAUAAUUUUUUAACCGAUGUUUCUAUUAGCUAAUGGUUAGGAGGGGAGAGAAUAAGAUGGGGAGGGGCUCGAGAGAACUCUAGACUCCCAAUCAUUGCACCUAGUUCUCAGACUGUGGUGGGUUGGGAAACCCAAGAUGAAAUUAUUCCUCUUCCCCAACCACCCUCUCUCUGGAUUCUUCUUGCUUAGUUACAUAUGCCUUUUUCCUGCCCUCUUGCUAACAUGUGCCCAAUGACAUACUUCUAACCUGCUAAUAUUUCUUGGAAGGUCUCCAGAGAGAACCCAACCCCUGUCCUGUAAUAACUGUAAAGCACUUUAAAGAAUCAGCAAGCAUUAAAGGCCUUGCCCUGUAUCCAGACCCAUCCAGAGUAUCUGACAUGAAAACCCAGAACAAUUCUGAAUCCGACUACUUGGCCCGAGAUGACCCUUCAGGCAACAGCUCAUUUCAUAGCAGUGAAGAGGAAGGCACUGACCUAGAGGGGGACAUGCUAGACUGCAGCGGCUCUCGACCUCUCCUCAUGGAGUCUGAAGAAGAGGAGGAGAGCUGCAGGCCUCCUGUGCAGGGGAAGCCUGAAGGCAUCACCCCAUUCUCACAUCCAGAAGUCUCCAUUGAGUCAGCCAAGGGAGGCCAAGGUGACGGAAAGAAUCAGUUCCUGACCCUCACACCACUCUCCACUGAUGGGCUUGGUGAGCCUGAUGUGUUUGCCACUGCUCCAUUUAGGAGCACACGGAUUCCAGCUGAUGAUAUGGACAUAUUCUCCAAAGCCCCAUUUGUCACCAAGGGCAGUGUGGCUGCUUCCCAGCCAGAGGAGGCCGAUGUGUUUUUGCGAGCACCUUUUACCAAGAAGAAAAGUGUUGAGGAGUUUGGCAUUGCCCAGAGCAUCCCUCAAGAGCUGCUGGUGCAGGCCAGCCGCCUCAGCCAGACAGAUGAUGCCCCACUGCUGUCAGACCUUGAGAGAGCUGCGUUCACUGCAGCCCGAGCUCAGUAUUCCGUGGCUGGCUUUGUCCAACCGUCUAAUGUCCCCUCCCAUUCCCACCAGACAGCAGACCAUCUUGACAACAUCUCUUCCCGGGGCCCCUCCUUAGAAUCUGCAGGCCAUCUGAAUGACAGAAACAAAGGACCUCAGCCCCAGAAAGAAGCUGCAUCAGGCCCUAUGAUGGGCAAACCAUUCCUCCCCCAGUCUUUAUCCAAAUAUUCCCGUCACUAUAGCCCAGAAGAUGAGCCAAGUCCAGAAGCCCAGCCCAUUGCUGCCUACAAAAUUGUCUCGCAAACCAACAAGCAGUCAAUAGCUGGCUCUGUUUCCAUCACAUCCCUUUCUUCCCGGACUACGGAGCUGCCAGCUGCUGAUCCUUUUGCUUUGGCACCCUUCCCUUCCAAAUCAGGCAAGCAGAAACCUUAGGAGCAACACCUGAGCCUUAGUCCUCUGUUCCUACUCUGUCCUUAGUACCACUCCCAGCUGAGCCUUCCUUAGAAGAAGUAGAUCAAUUAUUUUUAAUACCCUGAAUCAGAGCAAAACCUUGUCUGUCACAAACUCAGUUCUCUUUGGUUGAAUCCCUUUCAGUUAAACUCAUUUUUUGUUGUUUAUAUUGAUUUUUAAACUUUUGGGCAUUUCCAUCUGCACCUUUAUCCAGAAUCCUUUCCUUCCUGCAUUCCCCUCUCACCCCCACAUAAUGUUAAAAUCCAGAAAUACUUCAAACCCCAAAGGGGCUAUUUUAAUUCCUGAAGCUGUGUUAAGUCAUGCCUAUUGAUGAAUUAAGAUUGAUGAAUCUAGGACUUGGUUUAAAACUUUGAAAAGGGGAUGAUGUGUCUGGAACAAAGUGCAAGGUUAAAGUCCUGCACAUCACUAGGAGGUGUGUAAUCCUGCAACUCUGAAUCAUUCCUGUAAAACCAGCAGUCUUGGAAGGAUUCUCUGGGUUCAUUUCUAAGUCUGUAUUGGCAAGAUUGGUCCUCGUACAUGAGUGUCUGUGGGGUGCAGUGUAUUUCAAAUCCUUUCCUACAGAUAACUGCAAACAGUUGUGAUGUGUGUAUUCAUGUCUAAUAGUGUUGAACCUUCCCUACAUCCAUGCUUUGAAAAUCAGUCUGUGCACAGAUGAUGUGUGUCUGUGUCCACACAUGAGUGUUCCCAUGUUCACUUGCACUCAUGCCUAGGGAGCCUUUUCCCGUUCAGUAAACCCUGUCCUACCAUGCCUACCUCCACAAUCACUCACUUACUGGCAUUUAUCUCAUGACUUGAACCUGAUUUUAUUCAAUGUGACAGCAAAAGUGAACUCAUUGGAAGCUGUAGGAAAAC